AUGCCAAAUAACAAACGAGUGCUCAAGUUCAGUCGCACCGAUGAUGAGACCAAAUACAUAUUGGUCAACGUCAAGGACCGAGGGCCGAAGUCGCUUGAUCUCAGACUCGAAGCCACAGAAUUUGAAGCUGAGUAUGCUUUAAAAUUGAAACAAAGCGAUGUUCCUUCGCUUCGUGCCAAGAAUGGCCCAGUUGACGAUGGAGAGUGGCACACGGUACUCGAGCAAUUACUUCGGUACGGCUAUAUGCCAGAUAUUGAAGCCACGGCAGUUGUGGCCGAGGGCAAGUCGAUAUCCAUCAUCCAACGUCUAGGGGAGCUGGCAAUACCGCAAAUCGAGGGUGGCGAGCUCAAUGUCCUGGAGUGGUGCGCGACUGCCGUCGAUGCGGUAGUGGAUUGUGAGAAAAGAGCCGCCUCAUUCACGUCAAAGAUUUCUCAGCUGGAGAGCGAGGUCACUGAGUUGAGGUAUCAGGUUGAGGAGCUUAUCAAGGCAAAGCAAGAGGACGAGACUGUCCUCCUCAUGAAAUUUCGCGAUCUGCUCAACGAGAAAAAGGUCAAGAUCCGGGAACAACAGAAGGUCAUUGCAACUCUUCCCUCGAGUGCCGGCUCUGCCUCUCAGCAGCCAUCUCAACCAUCUCAGCCCACACAACCUCAACCAGGACGCAAGACGCAGACAUCACGAGCCAUCAAGAGAAAAGCAGCCGCCCCGAUUGUGGAAGAAGAAUCGGAUGAUGGCUUUGAGUCGAUGGAAAUCGACAAAAUCAAGACUGAGCCAUCCGAACCUCAGGAUCCGGAAGAGACCGAGAAGGGUACGGAAAGCGACGCCACAGCCUCUACAGCGAGCGACGGUAAGCCAGCGCCGCGCCCAUUGAGGGCGGCUUCGAGCAAGGCGUCCAAAAGUCAGCCUUUGGCAACAGAAGGAGAGUCCAGCGCAACGGCACAACAACAGAGGAAAAGUGCACAGCCGCCGCCGAAAAGAAGCUUGCCAUUCACUGCGAAGAAGCCAGCCCCGGCAGUGCCUGUAGGCGAGGGGAGCGAGACUGCUUCGGAUGAUGAACUUUGA